AUGUUGGAAGGCCUGGUCGCGGGGCUGCUGAACCGCUUCUUGGGCAUGUAUGUUAAGAACUUCGAUCCAACACAGCUCAAGGUUGGCAUCUGGUCUGGCGAUGUCAAACUGCGCAAUCUCGAACUCCGCCGCGAGGCUCUCGACCAGCUGAAACUCCCCAUAAACGUUGUCGAAGGUCACCUCGGCGCGCUCACAUUGGUCAUCCCCUGGUCCAACCUGCGCGGCGCACCCGUCAAGGUCUUCAUUGAGGAUGUGUUUCUACUUGCCUCGCCGAAGGAAGAGGCCGAAUACAACGAAGAGGAGGAAGACCGCAGGAAACAGAGGAUAAAGAUGGAAAAGCUCGACUCGGCCGAGUUGUUGAAGGAGAGAUCGCAGGAGGGCCUCAGCCCGGAAGAGCAGAAGCGCACCCAGAGCUUCACCGAGAGCUUGGUCACCAAAAUCGUCGACAACCUGCAAGUCACCGUGAAGAACAUUCACGUUCGUUACGAGGACGCCAUCUCCGCGCCUGGCCAUCCCUUUGCCCUCGGCGUCACCCUCGAGGAGUUCAGCGCUGUCAGCACUGAUGGCGAAUGGACGCCCACAUUCAUUCAGGACUCGUCCAAGACCACCCACAAGCUCGCCACAUUGGAAUCCUUGGCCGUGUACUGGAACACCGAUACCAAACUCAUGGGACCUGGCCGUGAGGCGCAUACUCCGGGGGCCGAGGUGACGCCACACGACCAGAUGUUACAAAACUUCAAGACCAUGAUCAUGAGGAGCGACAACGACGUCGCGGCCGGUCAUCAGUUCAUCCUAAAGCCAGUAUCAGGUCAGGCUAAGAUCGAACUCGACAAGACGGGAGAUCCACACGUCCCCAAGUUCAAGUCCAACCUGCUGUUCGACGAAAUCGGUUUGGUCCUGGACGACCACCAAUACCGAGAUGCCUUGAUGAUGGUGGACCUCUUCCAUUACUUCAUCCGCCACCAAGAGUACAAGAAGUACCAACCAAAGGGGGUUACGCCCAAGGAGGACCCGCGUGCCUGGCUCAGGUUCGCCGGUGAUGCUGUGCUGGGCAAGAUUCACGAGCGUAACCGGCGAUGGUCCUGGGACUACUUCAGAGAACGAAGGGACGACAGAAAUCGGUAUAUCGAGCUCUUCAAAAAGAAGAAGCAGAACCAGCAGUUCACGCCCACUGAGAAUGAUGACAUGAACAAAUUGGAGUGGAAGCUGGGCUAUGAGGAUCUCCGAUUCUGGCGCUCCCUGGCCCGCAACCAGCUUAAGAAGGAAAAUGCCGAAGCUCUCAAGAAUCGCCCGCCACCGCAAGAAGAGCAGCAGCAGGGCUGGAUUGCUUGGGUGUGGGGGGCUAAGCCGCAGAACACGGAGAAACAGGACGAGAUGGAGAACACACAAAUCACGGAGGAGCAGCGCAAAGAACUCUAUGAGGUCAUUGACUGGGACGAGAAAACCGCCCUCGCCGCCGCCGUCGAUGAGCCCCGGGACACGGUCAAGAUGCAGAUCGAGACUUCGUUGAGCACAGGCAGUUUCACUCUCAAGCAAAGCCCCCACGAAAACGCGAGAGACCUAAUCAGCCUCCACUUCGACGUCUUCAAAGCUAAGGGCCUCAAACGGCCCGAUUCCUUCCUGGUGGACCUUAGCCUGGGCGGUCUCCGCGUCAACGAUGGUACCACGCCAAAGAGCGUGUACAAGGAAAUUGUCCGCGUGAAAGAUGCGCCCACGCAGAAGGCACAGAAGCGUUUAUCUAUUGCCGAACUCGCUCAGAUCAAUGACGAAGCCUUCUUCCAGUUCCAACUCGAGCAAAACCCCUUGGAUGACCAAGCCGACAUUGCCGUGACUGCAAAGCUGAAGCCGCUCGAGAUCGUGUGGAACCCGAACGUCGUUGUCGGGGUUGUCGACUUCUUCCGGCCCCCAGAGCGCCACAUGGAUUCGAUUAACGCACUCAUGGAGACCGCCGGUGCAACCGUUGAAGGCCUCCGCGAGCAGACAAGAGCGGGACUUCAGUUUGCCCUCGAGGAACACAAGACCGUCAAUGCCAAGCUGGACCUGCAGGCGCCACUCAUUAUUGUUCCCGAAAUCAUCACGAGUCAGAACACCGCUUGUGUGAUCGUGGAUGCCGGCCAUAUCAGUGUCACAAGCGAAUUGGUGGACAAGGAGACGUCGAAGGAGGUCAAGUCGAAGCAAGCCCAAACACAUACCGACCAGGAUAUGAAACGGCUCGAAUCUUUGAUGUAUGACCGCUUCCUCGUGAAGCUGACAUCGACCCAAGUCUUGAUCGGGCCGUCAGUAGAGCAAACUAAGCAACAGCUGGUGGAGAAGGACGACCGAUUGAUGCUUCACAUCGUCGACAAGAUCAAUGUCGACUUUGUUGUUGAGGCAUCGAUCCUCCCCAAAGCCCCCAACCUUACGAAAAUGAAGGUCUCCGGACACAUGCCUGUUCUCCAAGUGAGUGCGUCGGACGCCAAGUACAAGACAUUGAUGCGCAUCAUCGAUGUCGCGAUACCCAAGCUUGGGGGGAAUCAGGACCAGCUGUCGCAGGCCAGCCCACCACCCAAGAGACCCCGUGUUGAGAGCAACGCAUCUUCCGAAUCGCGGAUGCGAAACGCGAGAAGAAUUUCUACACAACUACUCCCGUUCACCACACAGCAGCAAGCCAUUAUUAUUGACGACGACGACCUUGAUGACGAUGAUGAGUUUGAGGAUGCCAAAGACGGUUCGUCGGACGAGCAAUUACGGGUACAGCAGCGCAUUUUUGAGUUCAAGUUCACCGUCGACAAACUUCGCGGCUCCCUUUAUCGCAGCGACCCCCAGAGACAAAAGCCUGACCAGUUGCUUGUUGAGCUCGUCGCCGAGAAUUUCGGAGUCGAAUUUCACCUCAGGCCGUUCGACAUGGGCGCGGACGUCACGCUAGGAUCUGUUACCGUCGACGACUUCGUUGAGAACCCGCCAGCUGAGUUCAAGUCGAUCGUCUCAUCGGGUGAUGUAGAGGAUCGCAAACAAGCAAGGGACCUGGUCCAUGUCAAGUUUGUUAGAGUCAAGAAGGAAUCGCCGGAGUUCAUGACUGUGUAUGAAGGGGUUGAGACCAAUGUCGACGUCGCUAUCUCCACCAUCAACUUGGUGGUCACACGCAAAACGCUGCUCACGCUGCUGGACUUUAUCCUUGUCACUUUCACCAACAAUCAGUCUGCUGACGUCGCCCGCCAGAAGGCUCUCAUUGACCACGAGUCCGAGACGGAUAUCGAUGUUGAACCCCCCUCACCGGUUCAGCAGUCUGAAAGCGGUGCUAUCAGGGUCAAGGUGGAUCUGAAGACUAUCAGACUGAUCCUUAAUAACGACGGCAUCCGCCUGGCCACCUUGUCCUUCAAUCACGCCGACGUUGGUGUAUUCCUUCUCGGCCGAACGAUGCGCGUAUCAACAAAGCUCGGGGACUUGAGUCUGGUGGAUGACGUUAACUUGGGUGUUGCGGAGGACUCGAGUUUGCGGCAGCUCGUCACAAUUCAAGGUGACGAACUUGCCGAUUUUCGCUACGAGACUUUCGAUCCAUCGAAGGUCGAACAGUACCCAGGCUACGACUCGUCGAUAUUUUUGCGGGCCGGAUCUGUUAAACUGAAUUUUGUCGAAGAGCCCUUCCGCAAGAUUGUUGACUUCCUUGUCAAGUUCGGCAAAAUGCAGGCCAUCUACAACGCUGCCCGCCAGGCCGCCGCCAACCAAGCCAACCAGUUGCAGCAGAGUCAAAGCCGGAUCAAGUUCGAUGUUAUUGUCAAGACCCCUAUCGUUGUGUUCCCUCGUGCGGUAGUCCCGGAAAGGCCUCAACGAGAUGUCAUCACGGCAUACCUGGGAGAGAUCUACGCUCAAAACAAGUUCGCGCCGCUUGACGACUCGGAGGAUUCGGAGAUUGCCAUGAAGUUGUCAGCCGGCAUCCGCAACAUCAAAUUAACGUCCAACUUCCAUUACAGCGAAGGCCGCAAAGAGGAGCUGGAACUCCUUGACCAUGUCGACCUCGGGUUCAACAUCACUUACGCCGAGCAUAAGCCCGGCGUCAAGCGGCCUGACCUCGAAGUACAAAGUUCGAUGACAGAUUUAAAUCUCCGCAUCACUCCCUACCAACUCAACUCGCUCCUCGAGAUCUCCAAAUCCGUGCCUGCUGCUUUUGCUGGGGAUCCGGAGCAGCACACCGCGGACGCUGAGCGAGAUGUUGACAAUGCCACCCUCGAGCGUGCCAGGACGUUGCCAGGGUAUGGGGGCAGUAGCACGAACGAACAACUCAUUGACAUGAGCCCAGAGCUCGGGACCCGCGGCGAAGCCUGGACUAAGCUUGACCUCGUCUUUACGGUUAACGAGAUCGGUCUAGAAUUGAUCAACGCCUUACAGGAUGCCCCUGUUGGAAACAUUGAUGCCGCCAGCCUGUCCAAGUUCAGCCUCAACUCCAGCCGACUCAAAACGCGGAUGGACUCCAAUGGCAGCCUUGAAGCGGAGUUUGUUAUCCAAGCUUUUACAAUUCACGACACCCGCCAUCGUGAGACGAAUAAGUUCCGGCGCAUCAUGACGAGCGGUAAUACGAGCGUCGAGCAGCUGAUGGCCAGCAUUACCAUGUCCGGCGGUGAGGAGAGGAACAUCAUCGCCAUGAUUGCCAUCGAUAGCCCUCGUGUCAUCUUUGCCCUCGACUACCUUUUCGCUAUCCAAAAGUUUGUUACGAUUGGAACUCAAACUACCGAGCCGGACAUUCCUGAGAAGAGCCCGCUGGAAAGCCCCGAGGAAAUGAGUGACGUGGAUUCUGUGCAGGCCAACUUUUCUGGGAGGCGCUCAGAGAGUAGCAGCCGCCAGGCCAUCCAACCCGCUGCCGACCAGACGCAACAGAAGAAGCCCGGGGCGAAGACGACACUGGCUUACCGGGUCAACGUCGUAGACGCCCAAGUCAUCCUGAUCGCCAACCCCUUAAGCACAAGCUCCGAGGCCAUUGUUUUGGGGACGAAACAAGUAAUCUUUUCUCAACAGCACGCCCUCACAUUCCAAGUAUCCCAGUGCGGCAUGUUCCUCUGCCGCAUGGAUCGGUUUGACGACUCUCGCCUGAGAAUCAUCGACGACUUUUCGGUUCAAGUAUCCAUGGACAGUUCCCAACCGGCCACCACGAAGAUCCAUGCCGACAUCGAGCCUCUGAUUCUCCGGCUAUCUCUACGGGACAUCCUUCUGGUGAUGCAAACGAUUACCAAGGCCUCUGAGCUAUCGGGCGGCACUCCCGUGGACGCUGAUCCCAAGGCAUCCGACCAAAAGGCGAAACAGCUGAAAGCACCCAGCCUCAAGCACAGGACUGGAAGCGGCAAGGGUUCAUCGACUCUGGCGGGGAGGACGAAGCGGACCAGCAAGAGUGCCGGUCAAGUAUCUCAGAGAGGGGGGGUCCCACCACCCCACGACGUCGUCAAGCCGCCGCCGCGAAACGAGGAGCUUACUGUUGCAGUGGCCGGGGUUAGGGUGGUGCUCCUUGGCGACGUCCACGAACUCCCCAUUCUCGAUAUGAAUGUCAAGAACUUCACGGCCGGUGCCGAGAACUGGUCGUCGAGUUUGAAGGCGGAAACUGCACUUGAAAUGUACAUGAACAUUUACAACUUCGCCAAAUCGGCCUGGGAGCCUCUGAUCGAGCCUUGGCAGGUCGGCUUCGGUGGAGCGCGUGACCAGAAAACUGGCACCAUGUCGGUUGAUGUGACGUCGAAACGCAACUUCGAUGUUACUGUCACUACCGCCAGCAUCGCUCUGCUCUCCCAGUCCUUCGCCUUCUUCGCACAGGACCAAGACGUCCUCAGCAAACCUCGCGGUGUCGAGGCCCCUUACCGCAUCCGCAACUACACUGGCUUCGAGGUUAUCGUCCAUGCCAAGCGGCAGAGCAGCGAAGAGGUCACAACACUGCGUCUCACGGAUGGACAAGAAGUGCCGUGGAGCUUCGAAGACUGGGAGAAACUGCGUGAGAGCCUCAUGCUUGCCGAGGGUGCAGGUGCCAGCAACGUGUCCGUUCAGUUGGACGGCAGUGGCUUUGACAUGGUCAAGAACAUCCGUCUGUCUCGAGAGGGCGAGUUCCUCUAUGCACUGAAGCCGAAAACGGAUGGCGUUCUGCACAAGCUACUUGUUGAGGUAAAACUGGGCACCGACAACGUGAAGUAUGUCACACUGCGCAGUCCUUUAUUGGUGGAGAACGAGACAGAUCUGCCUGUCGAGCUGGGCGUGUAUGACGCUCACGAGGGCCACUUGCUCAAGAUCGAGAAGAUUGCGCCCGGCGAGAGCAGGCCAGCACCGGUUGGAGCGGUAUACGAGAAGAGCCUGCUCGUUCGACCAGACCCGGGCUUCGGUUAUGGAUGGAGCACCGAUACUCUGUGGUGGAAGGAUCUUCUCCGGCGCCCAACCAAGACAUUGGUGUGCAAAGGAGAGCAUGGCGAUCCUUUCUACUUCCAAAUGUCUACACGCUGGGACAAGUCCAAUCCGAUGACUAGGAAUUAUCCAUACAUGCGUCUGAAGAUCUCCGCUCCUGUCACCUUGGAGAACUUGCUACCCUACGACUUCAAGUACCGAAUCUACGAUAAGAGCACGAAGAAGGACUGGUCAAACUUUCUCCGCAAGGGUGGCGUCAGCCCUGUCCAUGUGGUCGAGCUGUCGCAUCUGUUGCUCCUCAGCAUCGACAUGCAGGAUACCCUGUUCAAGCCAAGCGAGUUCGCCAUUAUCAACGCCGGCCCGACGGACGAUUUCAAGAAAGAGACGCAUCUAGUGUGCCGCGACGACAAUAACAUGACCUUGAACCUGAGGCUACACUACUUCCGCAUUCCUGAUGGUGGGGGUGCGUUCAAGGUUACGGUGUACAGCCCCUAUGUCGUUCUAAACAAGACCGGACUGGAUGUUAGCAUUCGCUCCAAGGGUUUCAUGCAGCAUGCGAAGGCGGCGGCGGGGCAGGCACUCAUCGACGUUUCCGACGGAAGCGACAAGAAAGCGCAGCCGCUCAUGUUCUCGUUCAACAGCGAUGACCACAGAAACCGGGCUAUCCUCAAGGCUGGUGACUCGGAAUGGAGCAAACCCCAGAGUUUUGAUGCCAUCGGAAGCACUUCCGAGGUUGUGCUCGAUUCCACGGGGAAGAACGCCGAGAUCCACGUCGGUGUGACAGUUGACUCAGGUCAGGGCAAGUACAAGAUGGUCAAGACGGUGACUCUGGCUCCAAGAUACGUCAUCCAAAACAAACUUGGUGACGACAUCAACAUCCGUGAACCCAGUUCUUCAAGCGUGAUGUCUCUCAAGACCGGCUCACUCAGGCCGCUGCAUUAUCUGCACAGAGGUGCCGUCAAGCAGCUAUGCUUGUGCUACCCCGGAUUCGACAACCAAUGGACGGCACCCUUCAAUAUCUCGGACCUUGGUAUCACGCAUCUCAAGAUCGCUAAGGCCGGUCAACGUCAGCGGCUGAUCCGGGUUGAGAUUCUCAUGGAGGACUCAACCAUCUUCUUGAGUCUGAGCAUGGAGCAGAGGAAUUGGCCGUUCUCGAUGCGUAACGAGAGCGACAUGGAGUUCACCUUCUAUCAGGUCAACCCCCGCCUUGACGAGGACGAGGACGAGGAUCGAUCCGGAUGGCGGGCUGUUAGAUACCGUCUCCCUCCACGCAGCAUCAUGCCGUAUGCAUGGGAUUUCCCUGCCGCCAAGCACAGGGAGGUAUGCAUCAGUGCGUACAACAAGGAGCGACAUGUGAAGCUGGCGGAAAUCGGUAAUUUGAUGCCCAUGAAAUUCAUUGGCACCAACGGCCAAGCAAAGAUCAUCGACAUCAACGUCACCGCCGACGGACCGACGCAGUCGCUGAUCCUGUCUAACUUCAAACAAUCCAAGAGUCUUUACCGGCAACGGUCCAAUGUAGGGUCGACUAGCAGUCGGGAGGGUUUUGAAGCGAAGCAGCUUGACACGAACACCACCUUCAGCGCGCAACUGCGGUUGUCCGGCAUUGGUGUCUCGCUCAUUAACUCGCAGCUCAAAGAGUUGGCGUACCUCACCUUCCGAGAUGUCCAACUUCGCUACAGCGACUCGCCCAUGUACCAGACAGUGAGCUUGGCCGUGAAAUGGAUCCAAAUCGACAAUCAGCUCUAUGGCGGCAUCUUCCCGAUGAUUCUUUACCCUAGUGUGGUGCCAAAGAGGGCGCAGGAGAUCGAGGCGCACCCGUCGUUGCAUGCCAUGGUCACGCGAGUCAAGGAUGAGUCGUACGGUGUCGAGUACAUCAAGUACGCCACCGUUCUUCUCCAGGAGAUGACGGUGGAACUAGAUGAGGAUUUCAUCUACGCGGUUUUGGAGUUUUCCAAGAUCCCUGGCGCUUCCUGGUCGUCAACGGCAGAAGAGGAUAAGCUAUGCGAUGACAAUAUUGACAUUCCGCAACCGAAACAACAACAGUCCGGUAGAGAUAUCUACUUUGAGGUCCUCAACAUUCAGCCGAUGCAGUUGGAUCUCUCGUUUGUACGGACUGAGAGAGUCAAUGUGGAGGACAAGACGUCAUCCAAGAACCCGGUCAUGUUCUUCUUCAACGUCAUGACGAUGGCCCUCGGGAACAUCAACGACGCGCCAGUCAGGUUUAACGCAUUGAUGCUCGAGAAUGUGCGGGUCUCGAUACCGGUGCUUGUACAGAACAUCUCGAAUCACUACAGCCAGGAGGCCCUGUACCAGAUCCACAAGAUCCUGGGCAGCGCUGACUUCCUCGGCAAUCCCGUAGGACUCUUCAACAACAUCAGCUCGGGCUUUGCCGAUAUCUUUUACGAGCCGUACCAGGGCCUCAUCAUGUCCGACAAACCAGAGGACUUUGGCUUAGGCCUCGCCCGAGGCGCCGGUUCCUUCUUCAAAAAGUCCGUCUACGGCUUCAGCGACUCCUUCUCCAAAGUCACGGGCAGCUUUGCCAAGGGCCUCGCGGCGGCAACCAUGGACAAACAAUUCCAAGACCGGCGGCGCAUCACGCGCGCGCGCAACCGACCGAAGCACGCCCUCUUCGGGGUCACGGCGGGCGCCAACAGCCUCUUCACCUCGGUCGCUUCCGGCGUCGGUGGCCUUGCGCGCAAACCACUCGAGGGCGCCGAGCAGGAGGGCGCCCUCGGCUUCUUCAAGGGCAUUGGCAAGGGCGUGGUCGGGCUGGCCACCAAGCCGGCGAUCGGCGUGCUCGACUUCGCCUCCAACGUGUCGGAGGGCGUGCGCAACACCACCACCGUCUUCGACGGCUCCGAGCUCGACCGCGUGCGCCUGCCGCGCUACAUCCCCUCGGACGGCGUCGUGCGCCCCUACUCGCAGCGCGAGGCGCUCGGCCAGAGCUGGCUCAAGCAGGUCGACAACGGCAAGUACUUCGACGAGGCCUACAUCGCCCACCUCGAGCUGCCCACCGAAGACAUGGUCGUCAUGGUGACCUACGCCCGCAUCCUCCUCAUCCGCAGUCGCCGCCUCCAGACCGAGUGGGAUGUGCCGUUGAAGGAUGUGCAGACUAUCGCGAAAGAGCGCACGGGAUUGAGUCUGACGUUGCGUGGGGGUGCCAAUGGGCCCUUUAUCCCUAUCGGCCAGGAGAGUGGGCGCACGUUUAUUUACCGCAUGGUGGCGGUGGCGGUGGAGGAGUUUAAUCGGCGGUUUAAGGGGUUGGAGUAG